AUUCUACACGCCUACUCAGUCCCACUCGAACCUACUCACUCUUAAUCAAUUGAACAUAAUUCACCUCUGUUGCACACCUCCUGUAUAGCAGACUCUCUACAUCCCGACCGCCAUGCGAUAUACAUAACAAUAGCCAUCCCGCCAUCGACCCUCUGCAUCGAGACAUCCAACCCACCACCUCAACACCACCACCUCUAUAGCCAACAUGUCGCAACCACGACACAACACCAUGCUCUCCCUCAGCAGAACAACCUCCAACACCCCCUCCCCAGCGGAGAAACACCAUCAACACCACCCCUCCCAGCAGAUCCAAUCCGCGCCCCUGUCCAGUCCCAGUCCCGGCCUGCGCGUCCCCUCCAACCGCAAAACCAUUUAUGACCGACACCUGAACCGCAGCCGCAAUAGCGAGCUCAGCCGUGCCUCCUUCGCCUUUCUUUUUGGAGAGAUGGUGACUUACGCCCAGCGUCGCGUGACGGGAAUCCAGGAUUUGGAGAAGCGAUUAAAUGAACAAGGAUACCCUCUCGGACUCCGUCUCCUCGACCUUCUCUUCUACCGCACCAUCUCGAGCUCAACCUCCUCCGCCCUCUCCAGCUCCUCCUCCACCUCCGCCUCCCCUCCAAACCGACCCCUCCGCAUCCUGCCCCUCCUGCACCUCAUCCACGGUCCCCUCUGGCGUCUCCUCUUCGGCCGUGCCGCCGACGCCCUCGAACACUCCGUCUCCCCCGAGACUCCCAACGAGUACAUGAUCACCGACAACGACCCCAUGGUCAACACCUACAUCAGCGUACCCCGCGAGAUGAGCAUGCUCAACUGUGCCGCCUACGUCGCCGGUAUCAUCGAGGGCGUCUGCGACGGCUGUGGCUUUGAGACUAAGGUCACGGCUCAUAACCAACCGACGGAGUUGUGGCCCGGUCGGACCAUCUUUUUGCUGCGCUUCGGGGACACUGUUAUGGAGAGGGAGAAGGUGUUGGAGCGAGCAGGCGUUAAAUAGUUUACUGUUCUUUUUCCCUGGGUCUGUAUAUGUGGUGCUUAUUCACGGCUGGAGAGACGCUUUACGGCCGUAUGUGCUAUCAAUCAAUACAGAACAGCCUGA